UCCCAUAAGCCCUGAUUAAGAAGGUCAUGAAGCUUUAGCUCGCGAGCCGUUAGCAUUCUGCUAGCAGACCAUCGACUGUCUACAUUUCUCCGAGCAGGUUCAUUCAUCCGCCAAAAAUGGAGUGGGCAAGUCAGCUAUGUGAGAACCGAGGCUUGGGAUCCAAGAUGACAGACUCCAAAUAUUUCACCACUACCAAGAAAGGGGAGAUCUUUGAGCUGAAGGCAGAGCUCAACAGUGAUAAGAAAGAGAAGAAAAAGGAGGCAGUGAAGAAGGUCAUUGCGUCUAUGACAGUGGGAAAAGAUGUCAGUGCUUUGUUUCCUGAUGUCGUGAACUGCAUGCAGACGGAUAAUCUGGAGCUGAAGAAGCUGGUCUAUCUGUACUUGAUGAAUUAUGCCAAGAGCCAGCCGGACAUGGCCAUUAUGGCAGUUAACACCUUUGUGAAGGACUGUGAGGACCCAAACCCUCUGAUCCGUGCACUGGCUGUGCGCACCAUGGGCUGCAUCCGAGUGGACAAGAUCACUGAGUACCUGUGUGAACCUCUAAGGAAGUGUCUGAAAGAUGAAGACCCUUAUGUAAGGAAAACUGCUGCAGUUUGUGUCGCCAAGCUGCAUGACAUUAACGCCCAGCUGGUGGAGGACCAGGGCUUCUUGGACACCCUGAAAGAUCUGAUCUCUGACUCCAACCCCAUGGUGGUAGCAAAUGCAGUAGCGGCUCUGUCUGAGAUAGCAGAGUCUCAUCCUAACAGCAACCUUCUGGACCUGAACCCUCAGACAAUUAAUAAGCUCCUGACAGCCCUUAAUGAAUGCACUGAGUGGGGCCAGAUCUUCAUCCUCGACUGCCUGGCCAACUACACGCCCCGUGAUGACCGAGAGUCACAGAGUAUCUGUGAGCGUGUAACUCCACGGCUGUCCCACGCUAACUCUGCCGUGGUUCUGUCUGCCGUGAAGGUUCUGAUGAAGUUCAUGGAGAUGCUGCCUAAAGAUCUAGACUAUUACGGCACUCUUCUGAAGAAACUCGCUCCUCCGUUGGUCACGCUGCUCUCAGCUGAACCUGAACUGCAGUAUGUUGCCCUGAGGAACAUUAACCUCAUCGUACAGAAACGCCCUGAAAUUCUAAAGCAUGAGAUGAAGGUUUUCUUUGUGAAAUAUAAUGACCCAAUCUAUGUCAAGCUGGAGAAGCUGGAUAUCAUGAUCCGCCUGGCAUCUCAGGCCAACAUUGCUCAGGUGCUGGCUGAGCUGAAGGAAUAUGCCACUGAAGUGGACGUGGACUUUGUGCGUAAAGCUGUACGAGCCAUUGGCCGCUGUGCAAUUAAAGUAGAGCAAUCAGCAGAGCGUUGUGUUAGCACGCUGCUUGACCUCAUUCAAACCAAGGUCAAUUAUGUGGUGCAGGAAGCCAUUGUGGUCAUCAAGGACAUCUUCCGCAAGUACCCCAACAAGUACGAGAGUGUGAUUGCCACUUUGUGUGAGAACCUGGACUCCCUGGAUGAGCCUGAGGCUCGGGCAGCCAUGAUCUGGAUUGUGGGAGAGUACGCAGAGAGGAUCGACAACGCAGAUGAGCUGCUGGAGAGCUUCCUGGAAGGCUUCCAUGAUGAGAGCACACAGGUGCAACUGCAGUUACUGACAGCUAUUGUGAAGUUGUUCUUGAAGAAACCCACCGAGACCCAGGAGCUGGUGCAACAAGUGCUCAGUCUUGCUACACAGGAUUCUGAUAAUCCUGACCUGCGUGACCGUGGCUACAUCUACUGGCGUCUGCUCUCCACAGACCCUGUGGCGGCAAAAGAGGUGGUGCUGGCCGAGAAGCCUCUGAUAUCAGAGGAGACAGACCUGAUUGAGCCCACCCUGCUGGAGGAGCUUAUCUGCCACAUUGGUACUCUGGCCUCAGUCUACCACAAACCUCCCAGUGCUUUUGUGGAGGGCAGCCGUGGCGUCCAGCACAAGAGACUUCCUGCUCGUGCUGGCUCUGGGGAAAGUGCUGAGAGCCCUGAUGUUGGCCAGUCUGGACCUGCCGAAGCUCCGCCCGCUGUCAUUCCAUCACAAGGUGAUCUCCUAGGUGACCUGCUGAACCUGGAUCUGGCCCCACCCACUGCCACUAUCCCUUCAGUGCAGCCCUCAAUGCAGAUGGGAGCCAUGGACCUCCUGGGAGGAGGUCUAGAUAGUCUGAUGGGCGAUGAAUCAGAUACGCUGGGAGGAGACAUCGGAGGAAGCCCUUCGAUGGGUGCCGGUUUGGGGGCGGCCCCGGCAGCCAUGCCUGCUGCUCUCGGCAGUGCUCCUGCUGUUGGAGGUGGAUUGGGAGACCUUUUUGACCUUGGUGGAGGUGUUGGCAUGCCAACAGGAGCCUACGUUGCACCUAAAACUGUGUGGUUACCAGCAAUGAAGGCUAAAGGGCUGGAGAUUUCUGGGACAUUUGCCCGACGUGGUGGGAUCAUUCAGAUGGAUCUGUCUCUCACCAACAAAGCCAUGAGCGUUAUGACUGAUUUCGCCAUUCAGUUCAACAGGAACAGUUUUGGUCUCGCCCCUGCUGGCCCUCUGCAGGUUCUGACUCCUCUGAGCCCCAAUCAGACCAUUGACGUUAGUCUCCCUCUCAGCACGAGUGGCCCCGUCAUGAAAAUGGAACCUCUCAACAAUCUGCAGGUAGCUGUGAAGAAUAACAUUGACGUGUUCUACUUCAGCUGCCAAUAUCCCCUCAGCCUGCUCUUUGUAGAGGACGGAAAAAUGGAACGUCAGGUGUUCCUGGCCACCUGGAAAGACAUUCCAAAUGACAACGAGGCACAGUUCCAAAUCAAAGACAUCCACCUCAACUCAGACGCGGCCAGCAACAAGCUACAAGGCAGUAAUAUCUUCACCAUAGCCAAGAGGACAGUGGAGGGGCAGGACAUGCUGUACCAGUCUGUCAAACUCACCAACGCCAUUUGGGUGCUGGCAGAAAUGCGCAUACAGACCGGCAACCCCAACUACACGCUGUCGAUAAAGUGCAGAGCGCCAGAGGUCUCUCAGUUUGUGUACCAGUGCUAUGAGUUGGUGCUGAAGAACUGAAGUGGGGGGAAACCAACAGGAAACUGCAGUUCCCAGGCAUCGUUUGGAUGACUGAAACUUGAUUGGACCAGUCAGAGAAAGAAUCCCCGCUGUCUUGCAUUUCCCUCAGACUGUGCUCUCAGCAUUGACUGAAUCCCAAGGAAUUUUUCUUUGUUAUUUUGUCCAUUCCCAGCACCCUCCUUUAUCCCUCCUGAAGUCUUACAAUAUUACAGUUACAGUCUCUCUUCUAAGAUAUGACACCCGUCUUUAGUUCUAAUAUGUGCAGGUGUUGUUCUCAGCAUUGCCUCUACUACAUGAUUGCUUCACUGUCUAUCCUGGGCGGUUGUUUUUUUUCCCUCUCAUGGAGGUCGAGCAUCAUACGCAGGAGAUCUCUAAAAGUUUUAGACCAGCCUGUAUUCGUCAUCCAUCCAGUUGUAGGAAGGGUGUGUUUACUACAGUUAAGAAAAACCUUUCAGCACUGCUGUUUUUAAUUUAGUCUUAAUAGUCAGACAAUAGGUCGCUGGGUUUGUGUUCACACAAACAGUUGAGGUUCAAAUCUUUAUUUAUUUUUGUUCUGUUUUAUUAAAGCUCCUCCUUGGUCUUUCCUCAGUAAUUUAGGUUUCCCACAAUUUCUUUUAAGGGAAUGCUGUAUUCGGAAGCACUACACAGUUGCUGAGUAAACUUUUCUUUGUCUCCAAAGUAUCUCUGUAUUUGGUGAUGACUAAGUUUGCAGUCAUGUUUUGCUAUUAAGCUGGGUUUAUUUUUAGUUACUACUGUCUUUUGUGUGCUGUGUAUCAGUAUGUGUGUGUGAGUUAAAGAUGUAACAUGCUGCAUGUUCUGUUCCUCCUCCUGGCAAUCUUCCCUUCCUUAUUUCAGGAUAAAGUUCUGGAUCUGUCAGGGAGACUCGACUCCUAAGAUCAUCCUGCAGAAAACUGAUACUUUAUGGUAUGAAUAUCUCUCAAAUCACACUGAACGCGAUGCAUCAGAAAUCUCUUGCUUUGCAAAACAACUUGUUCUUCUCUUAUUCUUUAUGGGACAGGGAGAUGUGGUUAAUCUAUGUCCUUGUGAUGUUUAAUUUUCUUUUAAACCAUUUUGACAAGGUGGACAUACUUCUCUCAAGCUUAAUGUACAAUGACCACACUGCUGACCUGGCACACACAGUGCUGUGUGUGUACACUUAGAAGUUCCCAAAUAAUAUUGAUGAUUGUUUUUCUUUUAAUCAUAGUUUGCUGAUUCUGUAUGUGUGUUAUAUACUGUGGGUUUAGUUGUAGGGGUGAGUACAAGGAGAUGUCAGGCAAAGAAAUAUGCUUUACUUUUGUUGGAUUCUGUCAUGAAUGCAUCAUCUGUUAUAGAAAUUAAAAAAAGUAUAUUACCCAUUGA